AUGGCUGCUGAGUUUUUUCUAAGAUCGGGAUCAUUUCCUUCCGGUUUUUUGCAACAGCUGCUUGACAAGAUGGAGCCUCCUGAACUCACUCACUACAUCCGUAAACAUAAACUCGACGAGGCAUGGCUGAAGAAGUUGAAGAAAACAAUGUCAACUAUCAAUGCUGUGAUCCAUGAUGCUGAGAAGAAACAAUUCAGAAACCCUGAAGUGAGCGACUGGCUUGCUCAGAUUACGGACUUUUGCUAUGAUAUUGAAGAUUUACUUGACCAGAUUGCCACCCAAGCUUUGCGGAGCAAGUUGGAAGCUGAGUCUCGAGUAUGGGACUUGGUAUUUACAUUUUCACAGGAUAUAGGAGACCGGAUGGAUGUUUUAAUUGUCAGGCUGGAACAACUUGGGGAGCAAAAAGACAGACUUGGAUUAAAAGAAGAAUGUAUUACAGUAACGAAAUCGAAUCAGCUGCCAUCCUCUAGUUUGGUAGAUGAUUAUCAAUCCCAAGUUGUAUUUGGUAGGGAUGAAGACAAAGAGACUAUAUUGAAGCUGUUGCUUUCAGGUGAACAUGAAACAGUUUACCAGUCAGAUGUCAUUGCCAUUGUGGGAGAAGCUGGAGUUGGUAAGACCACCCUGGCUGAGCUUGUGUACAACGAUGAGAGGGUGAAGAAAUAUUUUGACUGCAAAGCUUGGGUUUGUCUUUCGGAGGUUUUGGAUGCGAAAAGAUUGACUAAAGCUAUUCUGGGGCAACUGACUGAUCAAACUUCGGAUGUUGAAAACCGAAAUUCCCUCCAAGUUAAGUUGAAGGAGAGUCUCAACAAGAAAAAAAUUCUACUCAUUUUAGAUAAUGUUCGGUCUAAUGAGUAUUCUAUCUGGGAAAUUCUGCGGUUUCUCCUUAAUGCUGGGGAGAAAGGCAGUAAGAUUAUUGUGACUGCACGCAGUUCAGAUAUUGCAGCAUUUAUUGGCACUCUUCCUGCUUACCGUUUGAAGCCAUUACUAUAUGAAGAUAGCUGGAUGCUUUUUGCAAAAUAUGCAUUUGAAAAUAAGGAAUCCAGUUUAUAUCCCAAACUAGAAGUGAUUGGCAAAGAAAUUGUGAAGAAGUGUAAUGGUUUGCCUUUAGCAACAAAACUGCUUGGUUGUUUAAUGCGUUUAAUGCAAACGGUUGAAGAGUGGGACGUUGUGUUGAAGAACAACAUGUUUGAUUCGUCAUCAGACAGGAAUGGAAUUCUCCAAGCUCUUAUGUUGAGCUAUUAUUAUCUUCCUGCACAUCUAAAACGAUGCUUUGCUUACUGCUCGAUCUUUUCAAAGGAUUAUGAGUAUGAAGAGGAGAAGUUAAUCCUCUUAUGGAUGGCAGAAGGCUUUCUGGAACAAUCGAGACAUGAAAGAAUGGAAGAGGUAGGCCAUCAGUAUUUUCAAGAGUUGACAUCAAGGUCUUUCUUUCAACAAUCAACUACCAUUAGAUCUCGCUAUACAAUGCAUGAUCUUGUUCAUGACUUAGCUCUAAUCCUAUCUGGAAAUUACAUAUCAAGACUGCCAAAUCAUGGUCAACUUUCUAGCUUGGUAAAUCAUGAUUACUUUUCCAGAUUGGUAGAUGUUAAGAAUUUGGAAUUUGUUUUGAACAAAGUUCGGCAUUUGUCAUUUUGUGGAGGCAAUUUUAUUGAAAUUGUUGAAGUUUCUAAACCUGAGUUCUUAAGGACCUUCUUACCAUAUGAAUUGCCACCAGAGAAUGAAUCAAGUCACAUAAGUAGUGGGGUACUAGAGAUUUUGUUGGAUAACCUGUACUGCUUGCGGGUGCUUUCAUUGUCUCAUUAUCCUAUAAUUGAGUUGCCUGAUUCAAUUGGUCAUGAGUUGGAACUUUUGCGUUACCUUGAUCUCUCUCACACUGCGAUUAGUAGGUUGCCAGAAUCUGUAAACUCUCUCUACAAUUUGCAGACAUUGAUUUUGUCAAAUUGUAAUUCUCUCAUUAAGUUGCCAAGGAACAUGGGGAGCCUUGUUAAUUUGUGUCAUCUCGAUAUAGUUGGAACUAACUUAACAGAGAUGCCGGCAGACAUUGGUAGAUUAACAAGUCUUCAAAAGUUGUCUAACUUUGUUGUAGGCAAAUAUGGUGGCUCAAAAAUUAAAGAUUUGGGGUCCCUUUUAAAUCUUCGUGGAACCCUUCAUAUUUCACAGUUGCAGAACGUGGUUUUUGCUGGAGACGCAUCCCUGGCCAGUUUGAAAAACAAGGAGGAACUUGAUGUGCUAGAGUUAGAAUGGAGUGACACCACAGUUGAUCCACAGAUUGAAAGAGAGGUGCUUGAACAGCUGCAACCUCAUGAAUAUCUGAAAGAGCUCAGCAUUAAGCUUUACAAUGGCACGCAACUUCCAGACUGGCUGGGAGAUUCGUCUUUCUCAAACAUGGUUCUCCUACGUCUUAGCAACUGUAAUAACUGCUUGCAAUUGCCUCCUCUUGGGCAGCUACCGUCUCUUAAGGAGCUUAUUAUCAAAGAGAUGAAACAAGUAAAAAGGGUCGGUCCAGAAUUCUAUGGGGCUAAUAAUUCUUCAGAUCUCAGGCCAUUUCCAUCUUUGGAGACUCUAAUUUUUGAGGGAAUGUUGGAAUGGGAAGAAUGGAUUUCUACUGAAGUUGAAGGUGGAGAGUUUCCUUGUCUUCAGGAACUUCAUAUUCGGAAGUGCCCCAAGUUGAAAAAAAGCUUACCCAAGUGCCUUCCUCCUUCAACUAGAGUUUACAUUUCAGAAUGUCCAGAGCUUGUAGUGACACUUCCAGGACUUCAGGUUGACAGCAACAUGGGGCAACUCAGAAGCGAUCAUGAAGUUGCCUUGCAACAUGCCGAGCAUAAGACUGAUGUUUCAAUCACAUUGUCUGCCUCUCCCCAAGAAACUUCUAAGCUUUUGAUUGAGGAUAUUUCAAGUUUUAAGCAUGAAGGUCCAUCACAGAUUCUCAGAGCUGAAACUGUUGAUAAGAUGAACAAAGAGCAUGUCCAAGACAAUUUGCAAGACAUCUAUAGUCCUGAAAGGUUGAAAGUUUCAGAAAUCUCACAAUUAAGGAAAUUACCUCCAAAUCUGUGUAGCCUCAAAAUUGAAGGAUGUGAAGCACUAAAUAUUAUACCUGGGGAACUGAUGCACAGCAAUCCUCAUCUCCAACAUUUAUAUAUAAUCAAUUGUUGUUCUCUCAAGUUCUUUCAUGGAGGCUAUUGGCCCACUGCCUUGAAAACGAUUUAUAUCCGUGACUGUAGGAAAUUAGAAUUUAUCUCCCCUGGAGUGACAAUACACCAGUACCCAGUCCUUGAACACUUGUGCAUUGGCAGCAGCUGUGAUUCUCUGACAGAAUUCCCAUUAUCCUCCUUUCCAAAGCUCAGAAGUCUUGUGGUCUGGGAUUGUGCAAAUUUGAAUUCCAUACUAAUAACUGAGGAUCACAAGUCGCUUGAUGCCCUGGAAAUCAGGGACUGUCCUAGCCUGGAAUAUUUCCCAGAAAAAGGACUGCGGAGCCCCAACCUGAAGUCAAUUCUGCUUUCUAAUUCCAGGAGUCUCAGGAAACUUCCGGAGCAGCUGCAAAGCCUCAUAUCUCUUCAGUCACUAUUUAUAAAUGAAUGUCCAGAACUUAUGUCAAUUCCUAAAGGAGGUUUUCCUAAUAACUUAGGUUCACUUUGCAUUAUUUCUUGCCCCAAACUCACACCCUGUAAGGAAUGGGGAUUAAGAAGGCUUGAAUAUCUUACUCGUUUCGAGAUUGAAGGUGUAUGUAGAUCCUUGGAGUCAUUUCCAGAGCAGGAGCUGCUUCCCAGCAACCUCAAGUCUUUGCGGAUUAGCAGACUUUUGAAUCUCAAGUUCCUGGACUAUGAAGGCCUUCAACACUUGACAUGUCUCGAAACAUUGGAGAUCAACUGCUGUGGCAAGCUUCAGUCUUUGCCUGAAGAGGGUCUGCCUUCCUCCUUGACUUUUCUGUGUAUCAAAGAGUGCCCUUUGCUGCAAUUAAAACUUCAGAAUAAGAAAGGGAAACACUGGUACAGGAUAUCUCAUAUUCCCCAAAUACAAAUUGAUGAGGAAGUUUUCUCAUGA